UGUUGAGUACACAAACUUCACUUUUUUGCGACAUUCUGUUCAAGAUUUUCUGUAAUCUGUCUUCUUUUGAAUGUGAACAGUAUAUAGAAAAUUAUAAAUGCAGUGUUGAGUACACAAACUUCACUUUUUUUUCAGCGGCAAAAAAGUGAUUAUUCUUAUUUUAAUUGGCUCCUUUAGCCAUAUUUUUUUUCACCACUCACUCAUUGCCUCCACAAACCCACAAAGCUUCAUUCAGCACAGAAGGUCCUUCUCUUCGGAAUCAAGAAAUGAAGCCUAUUUUCUUGAUUUUUUUUAUACUUUCAAGAAUUUUUGUCGAAACUUACCAGCGGCAGCAACCCAUCAAAACAGUUGUGGUUUUGGUGUUGGAAAAUCGAUCUUUCGAUCAUAUGCUUGGGUGGAUGAAGAAAUCUGUAAAUCCCGCAAUCAAUGGAGUCACAGGGAAAGAAUGCAAUCGAGUUUCGACCAAAGCAGAGGAUACAGAAACAAUUUGCUUCUCUGAUGAUGCUGAAUAUGUGGAUCCAGAUCCCGGCCAUUCUUUUGAGGCUGUGGAGCAACAGGUGUUUGGCUCUGGUUUAGUUCCUACAAUGUCUGGUUUUGUAGAACAAGCAUUAACAAUGUCACAGAAUUUAUCAGAAACGGUGAUGAAAGGAUUUAGGCCUGAAAAUGUGCCAAUUUAUGCAACCUUAAUUCGUGAAUUUGCAGUGUUCGAUAGAUGGUUUUCAUCGAUUCCUGGUCCAACACAACCCAAUAGACUAUUUGUAUACUCUGCAACUUCUCAUGGAUCCACAAGCCAUGUUAAGAAGCAGUUGGCCAAAGGGUACCCGCAGCGGACGAUAUUCGACUCAGUUCAUGAUAGCGGUUUAGAUUUCGGGAUUUAUUUUCAAAACAUUCCGACAACGUUGUUUUAUAGAAAUUUGAGGAAGUUGAAGUAUAUAUUUAAGUUUCAUCAGUAUGAUUUGAAGUUCAAGAGUGAUGCUAAGAAGGGAAAGUUGCCUAGUUUGACUGUGAUUGAGCCUAGAUACUUCGAUUUAAAAGGAUUACCUGCAAAUGAUGAUCAUCCAUCUCACGAUGUUGCGAAUGGACAGAAGUUAGUGAAGGAGGUUUACGAGACAUUGAGAGCAAGUCCUCAAUGGAACCAGACGCUUUUGGUCAUUACUUAUGAUGAACAUGGUGGUUUCUAUGAUCAUGUGCAGACACCGUUCGUUAAUGUCCCCAAUCCCGACGGAAAUACAGGCCCGGCACCUUAUUUCUUUAAGUUUGACAGGCUUGGUGUUCGAGUACCCACUAUCAUGGUUUCUCCUUGGAUCAAGAAAGGAACCGUAAUAAGCAGACCAAAAGGUCCGGCUCCAAAUUCGGAGUUUGAGCACUCGUCAAUCCCGGCCACCAUAAAGAAGAUGUUCAACCUCUCAUCAAACUUCUUGACUCAUAGAGAUGCUUGGGCUGGUACAUUUGAGCAAGUAGUCAGGGAUUUAACCUCUCCGAGAACUGAUUGCCCCAAGGUCCUGCCUGAUGUAACUCCUUUAAGAAGCUCCAAAGCGGACGAAAACCGUGGGUUGUCCAAGUUCCAAGGUGAGGUGGUGCAAUUGGGUGCUGUUCUCAACGGUGAUCAUUUCUUGAGUAGCUUCCGGGACGAGAUGCGAACUAAGAUGAACGUGAAGGAAGCUCAUGAAUAUGUAAGGGGUGCCGUAUCGAGGUUUAUAAGAGCGAGCAAGGAAGCUAUUAAGUUGGGUGCAGACGAGUCUGCCAUAGUCAACAUGAGGUCUUCCUUAACUACGAGAUCAUCGAUUCAUAAUUAAAUUCUCUAUCAAGGAUGUCUUGUCCUUCAAGUCAUUUUGUUGUGUCCAUAUCGAAAGUUGUUUGUUAGUUUUUUUAGUUAUUGUUGGAUUCAUAGAGCAUAUUGAAGUGUUUAGCUCUGUCCAUAGUCUUGUGUGAAAUCUAAUGAAGAACUCCAAGAAAUAAUAGGACUGAGGGCCAUUUUCUUUGUCA